UGAGGAGCCAGUGGGCAGCUGCUGGGCUUGCUGGGCCAGCAGGACAGAGCAGUCCAGGGACAGACCCCCACCUGGGCUACAGAGGAGCCAGGAGCCAUGAGGGUGGCAGUGGGCCUGCUCUGGCUCCUGGCCCUCGGGGGCUUCCCCCAGGCCCUGGGCUCCUGUCCCUCUCCGUGCAGCUGCAGCCUCCACAUCCUGGGCGAUGGCAGCAAGGCCAGGACGGUGGUCUGCAACGACCCUGAGAUGACUCUGCCCCCAGCGCCUGUCCCUCCGGACACCUCUAGACUGUGCCUCGAGCGGACAGCCAUUCGCAGGGUGCCCGGGGACGCCUUCAGGCUGCUGGGCCGCCUGGAGCAGCUGUGGCUGCCCUACAACGCCCUCAGCGACCUCAGCGCCCUGAUGCUGCGGGGCCUGCGCCGCCUGCGCGAGCUUCGCCUGCCGGGCAACCGCCUGGCCGCCUUCCCGUGGGCGGCGCUCAGGGACGCCCCCCAGCUCCGGCUGCUGGACCUGCAGGCCAACCGCCUCUCGGCACUGCCUCCCGAGGCCGCGCGCUUCCUGGGGAACCUCACCUUUUUGGACCUCUCCAGUAACCAGCUGAUGAGGCUCCCGCAGGAGCUGCUGGCCACCUGGGCUCAUCUGCAGACCCGGCCCUUCCUUCCCGGCCACCGUGCCAGGGUGGUCCUAGGGCUGCAGGACAAUCCCUGGGUGUGUGACUGCCGACUCUAUGACCUGGUCCAUUUCCUGGAAAGCUGGGCCCCAAACCUGGCCUUCAUAGAUGCCAGGCUGAGGUGUGCCAGCCCUCGCAGCCUGGCUGGAGUGGCCUUCAACCAGCUGGAACUGAGGAAGUGCCAGAGUCCGGAGCUCCACCCAGGGGUGGCCAACGUCAGUUCCCCUCUGGGCAGCACAGUACUGCUACGUUGUGGGGCCACUGGGGUACCUGGGCCCGAGAUGAGCUGGAGGAGGGCCAACGGCCACCCACUCAAUGGCACAGUGCACCAGGAAGUCUCCAGUGACGGCACAAGCUGGACUCUGCUGGGCCUGCCAGCUGUGUCCCACCUGGACUCUGGAGACUACGUCUGCCAGGCCAAGAACUUCCUGGGAGCCUCCGAGACUCUUAUCUCCCUGGUCAUCACUGAGCCCCGCACUUCCUCAGAACGCGGUGGCAGCCCAGGGGCACUGUGGGCCAGGACAGGCGAGGGGAUGGAAGCUGCCGCAUACAACAACAAGCUGGUGGCCAGGCAUGUCCCCCUCAUCCCUGAGCCUGCUGUCCUGGCCACUGGGACCCCUGGGCCCCACAUGAAGGAGGAGCUGACCCUCCAGCACUUCCAGAUGGGUGCCGCAGGACAGCGCUCAGAUGAGCAGGCAAAACCCCAGGAGGCCCGGAUGGUGAGGUCUCUCAAGGUGCUGGGGAACACUUACCAGAGUGUGACCUUGGUGUGGAAGGCCCCCCAGGCUGGGAACAUAACUGUCUUCAGUGCCCUCUAUGCAGUCUUUGGGCAGCGUGACAUGCGGAGGGUGGUUUUGCAGCCUGGGGAGACCAGUGUCACCAUCCAUGGGCUGGUGCCCAAGACCAAGUAUGUGGCAUGCGUCUGUGUGCGGGGCCAGGUGCCCCGGAAGGAGCAGUGUGUCGUCUUCUCCACCGACGAGGUGGUGAACGCUGAGGCCACUCAAAGGCUCAUCAAUGUGGUGGUGAUGAGUGUGGCCGCGGUCAUUGCCCUGCCGCUCACGCUGCUCGUCUGCUGCGGGGCUCUCCAGAGGCGCUGCCGCAAGUGCCGCACUGGGGGUGCCACCCAGGCCACAGGUGCUUAUGUCCACCUGGAGAGGCUGGGCCACAGCGAGGACGGCUCGGAGGAGCUGUCCCGGCACAGCCUCAGUGAGGCUGACGGGCUCCUCUCGGCCCGUUCCAGCCUGGACUCUCAGCUCUCGGGGCUCAGGGGAGGCAGACAGAUCAACGAGUACUUCUGCUGA